AUGGUAGCGAUAGUUGCGACUGGUGCGAACGCGCAGAGAUUACCCCCUGAAAGGAAAGGAACACCAAAACCUACAACAUCAGGUGACCCACCUCGGUGGAUGGAAGACAUCGCAGAGGGAGCCCGCCGCGUGCUCAACUACAUCGAGAAUAAUGGCUCCGAGGAUAGAUACAUCACCAGAUAUAUCCGUGCGGUCCGCCAGUUCGCACUCAACGUCCAACGCGGAGACGGCCAGGGGAUGGCCAAGGUACUGGAAGCGUUGAACAAGAUUAAUGCCGACACCGAACGUCUGAACCAGCGAAUUGAUAACAUUGAAAAGACAACGAGCAUCUUAUCAACCAACGUGUCUACCUCCGCGGCGAGUUCUGCAGCGGCGUGGCGCGACUUCCGAGCCAGAGACUGGCAGUGCGGCUUGGCCAAGGCUGCUACACCGAAUAUCCGCAGCAUCGGCACGUCGUCUCCAGGAGUACCUGAGAUUGAGCUUCGCGAGGACCGAGAGGUAAUUGUGAAGAUCGGACCAAACCGUGAACAUAUUCGCGGACUAUCGCUAAGAGAGCUGGUCGAACGAGCAGAACGUCAAAAGACGGCCAGUGCUCGACAGAAGGAUUCUGCAGCUCUGGCUGGAGGAGCUGCCUUUGUCGCAGCUCGAAAACUGCCACCAGGCGAUGUCGUGAUGUUGGCCAACAGUGCCGCGGGGGCAGAGCUCCUUCGCAAGCACCCUGAGUGGCUGAGGGCAUUCGGGCCUGGCUCGGUGAUCCAAGAGCCGUCAUAG